AUGCCAAUUGACGGUGUGACCCGCCCUCGUGGAGGCCUCAAGGAAAUCCUUUGGCCUAAGCCAAUGUUGGGCCGCGGUAAGGUUCCGAAGCAAAAUAAUAUCGGCAGGGCCUCGUGUUCUGGUAUUUUGAACCGGCGGGACGAAGCGAAUCCAGGCCAAGUAAGGCAAGGUGUGGAGGAAGUGGAUAGUUGCGUGGCGGGAUACGACGAGUAA